AUGUCCAUUGCAGAAGAACAUUGUCUUUGGGAUGAGAUCAUUGUCCACAUAAUGUCGCCAGCAGAAUGUUGUGGCAAAACUUUGGUCGGCAUUGCGGACACGGAUCAUUUAAGAUACAGUACUGCCUUUGGAUAUGGAAUGACCGGUCGGAUCUUCCGCUUGGUAAACGGGUUGUUUUACAACAUCACCUGCAUGUCCUGGAACUGGUGUGAUGUCAAUUUAGUCUUUUCACACGGAAAAGUCGUCAUUCUAGUCCUUACCUCUAAAAAGGACACACCUUCAUUUGGCCUCCAUUACUCACAACAUCCCUUCACAUUGGGCCAGAACCCUAUUGUCAACACCAGAACAAAGGUUGAAGGCUACAACCUUCGAGUUAAGGAGAGCUACCACCGAGCAGUUCAACGUACUACGGCAAAGUUAGCCGCAGUUCAUCGACGAUCAUCUUAUCAUUUACCACUCGACGUAUCACUACGGCGAAUUAGCCGAGGUUUGUCGACCGUCGCAGGUCGACGUACCACGGCGAAGUUAGCCGCAGACGAUCACCUUAUUAUUUACCACUCAAUGUAUUACUAUGGCAAAUUAGCCAAGGUUUGUCGACCGUCGUUAGAUUUUAGGCAAACGCAUGGUUUACGUCGUCAUGCGUACUUCUGCUUGCAGUCAACAGCGUAUUAUACGCAGCACGAAAACAGUAGGGAAGGCAAGGAUUACAACGGUUUCCUACGCAGGACGACUCCACCUGGUAGAAUGCCCAAUUUAUAG